AUGUAUGUUGGGUGGGCUGCAAGAAGGGCCGCUACUAAUGCGAUCCGAGGCCCUCAGUCUGCUUUGACGGACUUUCUAGCGUCUCACAACAUUUCGGCGCAUCAGAUUCACCAAGAGCACCAACGUAGACUUCGAGAAGCGCAGCAACAAGCGGCUCAAGAAACGGGCGAAGCUGAUGAAAACAAAGAGAAUGAGUCGGACCCAGGCGAUGAGGCCGUGGAGGAGCGCAAAAAGCGAAAGAGGAAAGAGGAGAAAGCCAUCAUGAAAAUCAAGCAAAGCAAGGAGUUCAAACGGAGGAAGUUUGAAGAGAAGAUCAAAAAGCGUCAGAAAGGUUCUGGUGACGAUGAUGAUAGUGACUAUGAUGAUGAUUCUAUCGCUCGAAACAUGCUCUACAAGAAGGCACAACCCAUGCCAGGUCAAUUCGAGAACUGCGAGAUUUGUGAGAAGCGCUUCACUGUCACAGCAUAUUCCAAGACCGGUCCAGAGGGGGGCUUAUUAUGCACGAAGUGCUCGAAAGAACUUGGGAAGGAAGAGAAGAAGAAGCAACAACCAAAGAAGCGAGGGCCCCUGAAAGGAAAGCGUCGGCAAACAGAAAGUGAUCGAAUGAUGGGUGAUGUCAAACCAGGAGCAAAGAGUUUAGUGGAGAUUUGCGUGCGGAAAGUUGUCGCCAACAUUGUGGACAUUGAGGAGUUUGGUGAUCUGCCCCAGACUCUUCUCGAUCGACUCAGUCAGGUUCUGUCGCAGAAACGAGCUCUUGAUCCUCGGACAUUGGAAUUCUUCUUACAGGCAGACUCGUCCAGGAUCGCCAUCUACGAUGCUGCAAAGCUCGAAACAGAUGAUUUUGAGAAGAUCUUCUCCUUCAUGCCUGAAUUGGAGGAUGUGAACCUUCGAAAUGCCGGACAGAUGAAAGACGAAGUCCUCCUCUACAUGCUUGAUCACAAUCCCAAGAUCAAACAUCUGCAACUGGGUGCCGCAAACCUCAUCACAAAUCAUGGCUGGCUCCAACUAUUCCAGAAACAAGGUCCCAAGCUAGAAAGCUUCAAAACGUGCGACCUCGACGCCGCUCUAGACGACAGCGCCAUUGAAGCGCUCGUCCAGCACUGCCCUAAUCUCCAACGCCUAAAACUCAAAAAAUGCUGGCAGACCACGGAAAGGUCCAUCCAAUGCCUAACAAGCCUCCCUAGUCUUCACCACCUUUCUCUCUCCAUCUGCCCCGACACCUCCGCGGAAACUCUCUCGACACUCAUAACCACCAUCGGCACACCCCUUGAAACCCUCUCUCUCGAAUCCUUCCACAACGCCGACGACACUACCCUCACCGCCAUCCACCGCACCUGCACCGAACUCUCCAAACUCCGCUUCACCAACAACGCGAUCUGCACCGACGCGGGCUUCGCCUCCCUCUUCAGUAACUGGCCCAACCCACCCCUUCCAACCAUCGACCUCUCCGACAACCGCGACAUCGACAAUCAAAACCCCGACGGGCCAGCCGAAAGACCCAUCGGCCUCGCCUCUAUGGGCUUCCAAGCCCUGAUGACCCACUCCGGCUCCCGCCUCGAAAAGCUAAAUGUGAAAGCAUGUCGCCAUAUCUCUCACGAAGCGCUCUUACGCGUCUUCGACCACGAAAAGCACACUUACCCCAUGCUGAGAGAUAUGGAUCUCAGUUUUGUGGCCCCUGUGGACGAGGUGGUCACGACUGCCAUCUUCCGGUGUUGUCCGAAGCUGGAGAAGCUGGCGAUCUUUGGUUGUAAUCAGGUUCGGGGCCGGGAGGUUAGGAUCCCUGCCGGCGUGGCGGUGAUCGGGAUGAUGGACGCGCAGGAGAGUGUUGUAGUGGAGGGCGGGUGGGAGAGGGGUGAUGUUUAA